AAAAGGCAGAGAAAAGUCUCUCCAGAUCAGAACUCCUCAAGAAACACCAGCAGAGACCUACAGGGAAAAAAACUCACUGCUGCUCUGACUGUGGGAAAAUAUUCAAUUCUUCAGUAGACUUUAAAAUACAUCAAAGAAUUCACACUGGAGAGAAACCUUUUGGCUGUGAUCACUGUGGGAAGAGUUUUAUUCGUCUACAAACCCUGAAAUCACACCAGAGAAUUCACACUGGAGAGAAACCUUAUGGCUGUGAUCAAUGUGGGAAGAGUUUUACUCAGCUAAACAGCCUGAUGGUACACCAGCGGGGACAUUCAGGAGAGAAACCGUAUAGCUGUAAUCGAUGUGGGAAGAGUUUUUCUACAUCUAGCUAUCUAACUAUACACCAGAGAACACAUACAGGAGAGAAACCAUAUAGCUGUAAUCAAUGUGGGAAGAGUUUUAUUCGUCUACAAACCCUGAAAUCACACCAGAGAAUACACACUGGAGAGAAACCUUAUAGCUGUGAUCAAUGUGCAAAGAGUUUUACUCACCUUAACAGCCUCAUAGUACACCAGCGGACACACACAGGAGAGAAAUCUUAUAGCUGUGAUCAAUGUGGAAAGAGAUUUUCUACAUCUAGUUAUUUAAAGAUACACCAAAGAACACACACAGGAGAGAAACCACAUAGCUGUAACCAAUGUGGGAAGAGUUUCACUCAGCUAAACAGCAUGAUAGUUCACCAGCGGACACACACAGGAGAGAAAGUUUUUAAAUGUGAUCAAUGUGGGAAGAGUUUUGGUACAUCCGGAUGUCUGAAGACACACCAGAGAACACACACAGGAGAGAAACCUUAUAACUGUAGUCAAUGUGGGAAGAGUUUUGGUACAUCUGGAUGUCUGACAACACACCAGAGAACACACACAGGAGAGAAACCUUAUAACUGUAGUCAAUGUGGGAAGAGUUUUACUACAUCUAGCCAGCUGACUUUACACAAGAGAACACACACUGGAGAGAAACCUUAUAGCUGUGAUCAAUGUGGGAAGAGUUUUUCACGGCCAGACAGCCUGAAUAUACACAAGCGGACACACACAGGAGAGAAACCGUAUAGCUGUAGUAAAUGUGGGAAGGGUUUUACUACAUCUUGCCAGCUUACUUUGCACCAGAGAAGACACACAGGACAGAAUCCUUAUAGCUGUACUCAAUGAGGGAAGAGUUUUACUUUGCUUAACAGCCUGGUGUCACACCAGAGAACACACACAGGAGAGAAAUCUCUUAGCUGUAAUCAAUGUGGGAAGAGAUAAUAUGAUAAAAGAUCUCUGACUAAACAUCAGAAAAUACAUAAAGGAGUUGUUUCAUGAUAUCAAUGAAUUAAUUUCACAAUAUAGAAUGUUUUAACAUUGUAGUAGGAGUAUUUUAAUGUCACAAUGUAGAAUGUUUUAACAUUGUAGUAGGAGUAUUUUAAUGAUGUCACAAUGUAGAAUGUUUUAACAUUGUAGAAGAAGUAUUUUAAUGAUGUCACAAUGUAGAAUGUUUUAGCAUUGUAGUAGGAGUAUUUUAAUGAUGUCACAAUGUAGAAUGUUUUAACAUUGUAGUAGGAGUAUUUUAAUGACGUCACAAUGUUGAACCCUAAACGUUUACCACCUGUUCUAUUGAUUUUAGCCUCAGGGGAAAAAUCCAGGCUCUGAAAUGAAACUAUUUAGGUGAUUUAACAAAAAGUGAGUAACAAAAAAAUAGUUGUGUUCCACUUAAAACAUUGGUGACCCACUUGAAUCAAAAUGCAACACUUCAAAAUGUAGCUAGCUAAUUCUUCAAAUUAACGCACUGAUUGGUGUCACCUCGUUAGUCAGUAUGUGUUACACCUGUGCUGGCUUGUCCAUCUCAUUAGUGGGAAGGUGUUUCACCUGAGCUGGUCCAGAUUCUAUUUAAUAGUGUCUGGCCCAGUGUUCCAGUUGUCUUGAUAGAUGUGGAGAGUCAGCACCUUUUUGGUUUGCUUCCUGUCUUUAAGUUUGUGGGUUUUUCUUUUGGGUGCCUCUUCUUGGGCAGAUUUAGUGGGUCUCAUGGUGGGUGUCUUUUAAGUCCCAGUUGUUGUCCCUAGUCAACUUUCAUUGGACAUCCCCCAUCGUGUCUUUCAGAACCCCUCCUAAAAAACAAGCUUAUAUUUUGAUUUGGAUAUUUUAACAUUUUAAUCAUUGGCAGUUCUUUAGGAUGCUCAUUAGUCUUUAAGUUGUUAACCUUGUUUUUUAUCCUCUUAUGUUGUGUGGUAAAUAUUUCUGUUUUUUCUUGUGAAGACAUUGUGUUGCAUCCAUGUCUGAAAUGUGCUGUAUAAAUAAAGCUUGAUUUGAUUUGAACAUAUUGCAA